AUGGUAGUAAAAAACACUCUAGUUGUGAUGGCGGUGUUAGAUGGGUGGAGUGGAUUAGGUAGUGUUGGUGGCCAUGAAUGUAGCAGUAGUGGCAGUGGCGGCAGAGAUAGUAGUGGUGGUGAUCGCGUAUGUGGCGGUGGUGGUGGUGAUGAUGGUGUUGGUGGAGAAAACAAUGGUGGUGGUCGCGAUGGUGGUGAUGGGGGUUGUGGUGGUGGUAGUGGUCACGGAGGUGGUAGCAGUGGAGGAGGUAGUGGUGGCGACAUAUAUGAUGGUGGUGGUGACGAUAGGGGUUUUGGCGGUGGUAGUGAUCACGGAGGUGGUGUUCGUGGUUAUGGCGGUGGCAACCGCAAAGAUGACGAUGGUGACAUAGGUAUUGGUGGUUAUGGCGGGGUGGUGGUGAUUACGGAGGCGGUGUUGGUGGUUGUGGUAGUGGUGGUCGCAGAGGCGGCGAUGACAACAUAG